UUUAAUCCAUGACAGUUUCCAAGUGGGUGAUGCCCUUGACAAGAACAAAGAAUGAAAAAAAACCAUAAUGAGGCGCAGAAUUCUCUGUGACAGGGAAGCAAAAGGAUCAUGUGGAUACAAGCGAAGAGGCAUCACCCAUUUUCCUCUGACCGAUGAAUCUAACCAACAACAGCAAUUAUUUACAGUCGAGUGUACUUUAUAAUGAAUUUGACUGCUAUUUUGAUCUACAUUUGACUCCCUUGUUGUCAUCAAAUCGUUCAUUUUUUGUUGUCAUCAUUCCAUACUUGCCAAGCACUUGAAAGACGUAAAAUCCCACAUGUAAAUAAGCAUAUCAAUGAUAACGAUCGCGAUUGAUCUGUAUACUUUUCGUUUUUUAUUCUUUGUAUAGAUGUUUCACAUACUAGAUAUCCUCAUCCUUCAAUCAUCAAACAAACACAGAUAUCUUGUGGGAAAUUACUCAACUCAAGGCUCCAUUGAUUUACUCCAAAUCUCACGCUCGUCUAUAAAUGAAAUUUGGUAGCUUGUCUUGCUUGCACAUAGAAGAAACGAUCGACAAUGGAUCCUUUGAGCAGUCGUUGCAACAAGAAAGAUGCUAACAGAGGAACAUGGACAGCUGAAGAGGACCAAAAACUGGCAAAAGUCAUUGAAAUCCAUGGGCCAAGGAGAUGGAAGAAAGUUGCAGCUAAUGCAGGUCUUAAUCGAUGUGGGAAGAGUUGCAGGCUGAGAUGGAUGAAUUAUCUUAGACCCAAUAUUAAGAGGGGCAAUAUAUCUGACCAAGAAGAGGACUUAAUACUUAGACUUCAUAAACUCUUAGGAAACAGAUGGUCUUUGAUUGCUGGAAGACUACCAGGUCGGACUGAUAAUGAGAUUAAGAAUUAUUGGAAUUCUCAUUUGAGCAAGAAGAAGAAGCAGAAGCAGAGACAAAAUAGAGGUUUCAUAGUAGAGUCUCAGCCUGAAGAAGCAAAGGCAAUGGAGAUGGAGAAUAUGGUGAAUAAAAGUGAAGAGGGUGCCUCCAAGGGAGAAGAGAACACACAGGCUAGCUUCAACGAGGGCGACUUCUUUUAUGGCUCCAGUGAGGGAGCUCUAGAUCUGCAGUGGAUGGGCAAAUUCCUUGAAUUGGAGGAGAGUUGGUUUGAGUUUUUAUAUGAUAAGUGAGUUUUCAUUAUCUUUUCUUCAUUUAAUUAGUAGUGGUUUAUGCGUCUGUCUUUGAUACUAUU